CGAAUCAAGAAUUGGAAUGAGGGGCUGAGGCAGCAGCUGAGUAAAGAAUGAGCUGAGCACUCGUCUCAUACUGAAUCACAUUAACCGGUGGUCUAGCCAAGCACCCCCAUCGAGCAAGCCGAGUCAUCGGGUCCAGCCAUCAAAAAAGGCACCCCGAACUCUGUAAUUCAAACCAGUCCUCGGAUCCAGCCCUCGGAUCCAGCACUGUCCGGAAAUUAAAGUAUGGUGGUCCCUGGUGGAAUGCCUUGUCGCAUGCCGGACCCGCAGAACUCGGGCCUUCAUCAGACCACCAGCUUCUAGCGCCGCAUGAUCGCACGCCAUUCUCCCCGGACCAAAACAGCCCGAAUCAGACGAAAACAAAAGCGGCGCCAGGCACGUGCUGGCCCAAGCCCAUGUUUGCAAGCGGCCGCGUCAGUUUCCACGUGUCCUUCCAUUCCAGAUGGGGCUUUAAGCUUUUCCGCGAAUUGCUCAGCCGAUAUUAAUAUAUGCUCAGGGCUCGGCCGAGCUCGGCACCACACUGUAUCAUUGUAUCAUACCGGAAGAUUUACUGGGCAGUGCUGGGCACGGCAAAAGCCCGGAGAUAUGUGCGGGCCCACAGAAUAUAGGGGCGGGAAAUCCGAACCGACGCCCGGCAAAAACAUGCCCUCGUCGCCAUGCGCUUACGGGGCCCGCCCAGUGGCGUGUUCCAGCGAGCCGCACGCGGCGGGCCUGCACAGUGCGCGGGGAGAUAAGAGUCUGGCAAGCCGGCCUGGAACCCCCCGCCAAAAGCACAUGGAUACGUCACUUGCGCACGGAAAAGACCGGUAUGCUGCCCGGCCACCCGCUGCAGCCUUUUUGCUUGGAACAAGAAGCAGUGUCCCGCCGAGCGCCGGGAAAUUGCGUGACCGCGUAAGCGCAUACCCCAGCACCGGCCUGCCCGGCGCGCCGCGCAUGCGCAUACAGGACCCAGGCGACGUUGGGCGAACUCUGGAGCCUGCUAUAAACCGGGUAUAAAACACAGCAUAUCCCCAUGCGCCGGCUCCUCUCUUUUUCCCCAUCUACGCUUGCUUUCAGCAGAACACGUGCCACGCCCAUAACCAGUGCCACGACCAGAACCAGUGCCUCGACCAGAAGCACCCGAAACAAAAGCACCACAAACACCACCACCACCAACACCACCAACACCACCAACACCCCCAUCAUGGCCAUUCCCCAGACCCAGAAGGCGGUUGUUUUCGACACCAACGGCGGCCCCUUGCAGUACAAGGACAUUGCCGUCCCCACGCCCAAGGAAAACGAAAUCUUGGUCCACGUC